AUGUCUAGAUCUGGGAUAAAUGGAAAUUUUAUUGAUAAAACCUUUUCAAUUGUAGCCAAUAUCUUAUUACGAAUAAUUCCGACAACUUCGGGAGAAAAAGAGGCAUUCACCUAUUACAGAGAUGGUAUGUCGGCUCAAUCCGAAGGAAAUUAUGCGGAAGCUUUACAGAAUUAUUAUGAAGCUAUGCGACUAGAAAUUGAUCCUUAUGAUCGAAGUUAUAUACUCUAUAACAUAGGCCUUAUCCACACAAGUAACGGGGAACAUACGAAAGCUUUGGAAUAUUAUUUUCGGGCCCUAGAGCGAAACCCAUUCUUACCACAAGCUUUUAAUAAUAUGGCCGUGAUCUGUCAUUACCGGGGAGAACAGGCCGUUCAACAAGGGUAUUCCGAAAUUGCGGAGGCUUGGUUCGAUCAAGCCGCCGAGUAUUGGAAACAAGCUAUAGCGCUUACUCCUGGUAAUUAUAUUGAAGCACAGAAUUGGUUGAAGAUUACGAGGCGCUUCGAAUAA